CAGAGUCAGGAUGACAGACUGGCAGAAGAGCGAGUCGGGAACAAAGUCUGUGACUAAAAACGACGGUUUAACUCUGCUUUUCGGAGUAUGACCGAGAGAUUUUAAAGCCACGGAACACGUUUAGGACCGCGGGGGGGGUUCCGUUUUUUAUAUUUUUUUAUAUAUUUGAAACAAACUGUGGUUCGGAUUUACAGCGAGAUCGGUAUGUCCUAAUGUUAACAGCGCGAUAUAUUUGGUUUUUCCAAUGGCGUAUGGACCUUUUUUUUUUUAAGGCAGAUCUUUUUACAUAUUUGGGGUCAAUGGGGGCCCACCGAUCGAAUCUAUAACCACAUCUAGUCUGUUAAAAAAAACUGAUUUUAAACGGAAUAAAUACACUGAAUAAAUGUGAUAUAGAAUAACACAUUUCAACAUUAUUUCCUGAACGUCUACGUGGUGUAAAAGACAACGAAAUAUUAUUUCCUUCGGUGAAGCCCUACUGUGGACGGUUUUCCGAGAUGACAGGCUCUACCCCCUCGGAAAUGAUUAACCUACGUCUCAUCCUGGUCAGUGGGAAGACGAAAGAGUUCCUGUUCUCCCCCAACGCCUCGGCCGCAGACAUCGCCAAACACGUUUACGACAACUGGCCAAUGGACUGGGAGGAAGAACAGGUCAGCAGUCCUAAUAUCCUGAGGCUCAUCUACCAGGGUCGUUUUCUACAUGGAAAUGUCACACUAGGAGCUCUCAAAUUACCCUUGGGAAAAUCCACAGUGAUGCAUUUAGUUGCCAGAGAGACAUUGCCCGAGCCAAACUCCCAAGGUCAGAGAAACAGAGAGAAGACCGGAGAGAGUAACUGCUGUGUGAUCCUGUAAAUACCCACCUCCCUCCCUCUUUAAUCAUCCACCCUGGAUCCUGUAAAUACCCUCCUCCCUCCCUCUUUAAUCAUCCACCCUGGAUCCUGUAAAUACCCACCUCCCUCCCUCUUUAAUCAUCCACCCUGGAUCCAACCAACACACUGGAUGUCCUGUCCUGCAGUCUCUCUAUCAUGCUGACACACACACACACACACACACACACACACACACACACACACACACACACAUGCGGUCUCCUGUGUAUAGAGAAGUUUCCCCCUCUAUCACUUCUGUCCUAAAAUCUUCCACUAGUUCAUGGAUGGAUAAACUACUGUUUUAUUACCCCACCAAGGUUCCAACCAAUGACUGACUAACAAACAAAGGAACCAACCAACCAAUCACCUUGUUGUUGUUUGGCCAUAAUAACAUGUUGUUGACUGUGUUUUGACAGUCAGUCCUUUCCUCCUUCUGUCAGAUCGCUCAUCCUUCCUGAACGAGGGGACUAGGAACUAGGGGAAAGAGAGACAUAAUAUCCCUCCUCCAUCAUCCCUUUUCUCCCUGAACGAGGGGACUAGGAACUAGGGGAAAGAGAGACAUAAUAUCCCUCCUCCAUCUUCCCUUUUCUCCCUGAACGAGGGGACUAGGAACUAGGGGAAGAAA